AUAAAAUACACGAAAUUAUUAGGAAGGUAGCAGCAAUUGCUGAUCAAGUUUGAAGAACACCAACCCACUUCUCUCUCUUCAACAUCAUUUUCUGUCCCUUUCUUCUCUGGAACUUCUUUCUGCUCUUCCAAGGGAUUUUGAUUUUUGAGUGUUGCUUGAAGCCUUGAACAGCCAAAGGCCUGUAUAUGUAAACCUUAGAUCCACAAUCCAUGGAUAAAGGUGCCAGCAUGGAAGAGACUGCUGAUUUGAGAAAUGGCGUGGAAUUGACAAGACCGGUCUCUGAUAAACAUCUUGACCUUCUGAGGCCAUCUGCUCGAAAUUAUUCAGUUUUUAGAGCAACAGAUGCUACAGACAAUGAUAAGGGAAAGUAUGCCCUAAUUAGAGAUCCAGAGGACUUCCAAGCGGGACUUUAUGACAAACCUCUCCCAUGUUUUGGUUGCGGAGUUGGAUGGUUCUCAUUUCUUUGUGGAUUUUUAUGUCCACCUCUGUGGUACUACGCAACAAUCCUCUAUUUUGGAAAUUACUACCGCAAGGAUCCUAGGGAACGAGCAGGGCUGGGAGCCUCUGCAAUUGCUGCGUUACUAUGCUCUGUAGCAUUGCUGAUCACAGGAGUUAUUCUUCUGUUUCAUUCCCAUUGAUUCUAAUUCCAGUACUGCUGUGAAAAUUGAGAAGCGAUUAUGAUGGACAUCACAAACAAUUGGACCUGUAUAUAAGAAUUUCAAAUGAUGAAGGAAAAAGAUGCUUACAGGUUACUGGAGUAAAUCAGUCAAAUUGAGAGAAGGACAAUAAACCAUAGCCUUCCUUAUUUGGUAAAUUUGUAUAUCAUAUGUAUACCAAAGAAAUCUCACUGUUAUUCGAAUCUCACAUAAUUUUUACUAUUGCUUUUCUCUGACUAAGUGAUUUCCAUGUUGGAGAAUACUUGGUUGCUAUAUUUGUUUGUUUUGAAUAAGAACACCUGUGUAACAGUGCGGCUCAAAUCUAUUAAAGGAAAGUAAAUUUGAGGAGACAA